AGGAACCUCAUGGACCAGGGGCUGGUGGCCCAGGCCAGGGAGGGAACCCUGGGUGGGGCUCCAGUGGGAGAGGGAGACUCAUGGAGGCAGUGGCUGGUGGGCCACUCUCUCCAGGUACCCUUCAGCCGUGGGCCCUCUAGGCCCCUCAGGAGCUCUGCCGUGGGGGCCUGUGGUGCAGGGUUCACAGACAGGGUUUCCUACCAGCCAUGCGCACCAGCUCGAUUUGGGGGAAGUGCAGUAAGGAGGAGCCAAGAGGUCCCCAAGGGAGUAAGGAAGGAGAAAUUGGAUGGGUGCAGCCCACUCUUUACUUCCCCCUCACCCCUACCUUCCUACCCUCUGGAGGAAAAUGAGGGCUUUGGUUUCCCUGGGUCAAAGGCCCUACUGAAUGGAACCUAUCCGCUGCACCAGGAAGGAGCAGUGGGGACAGACAGGUUCCUCCUGCACUACAGUUCCCUACUCCUGGAGACUCGGGCCUCUCCCGAGAGAGCUCCAGGGCAAGAGGAAUGGGUGGUUGUGGCUGCUGGUUUAAAGGUGGAACUUUCUCUGAAGCUCCUUCCCUCUGCUCUUCGUCCUUGCCUCCCCAGCAAGCCUGCCCAUCAGCCUCCUCAAGUGCACCCAGUGACCCCCUACCUUGGGGUGACUCCUGAUGAAGCACAACUCCCCGCAGGGCCGCCAGCCCACAGGGGUGGCCAUAUUUGGGCAGUUCCCAGUCCUGUGGGCUCGGCUAUCUGGGGAGCAGAUUUUGGGUCUGGAUCUCCCGGGGGAGUGGGUCCUGGGCUUGGAUCUUUCCCUAGGGGGCCAUCUUACCCCUUCCUCUCCUCCUCCUCCUUCCCCAUUGCUGUAAAUAUUUCAACGAAAUGGAAAAGAAAAAAAAAGACAAAAAAAAAAAAACAAAAAAAAAAAGAAAGAAAGAAAAUCUCAUCACUUGAAGCCACCGGGAGCCUGUGGCCCAGCCAGCCCGGGGCUUUCUCCGGAGCAGAGUGGCGCCACUGGGCCCUGGCAGCCAGGACUUCUCCGUGUAUGUGUGCAUCCCCAGCCGGGGUGGGCGGGCCGCCAGAGCAGCUUUUUACAAUCCAGAGACAGAAAACAAAAUCUAGAAGCAACAGCGAAACAAAGAACCUGUUUCCUUCCCGGCACCGUUUCUGUCGCCUCUUUCCCUGCUCCGCCUGUUCCCUGGCAUCAGUCAGCCCUCCUGGGGCGUGUACCUCACUGCCUGCCCCAGGACCGGGGCCUGUCUCCCCCUCCCCUCCCCACUGGCCCAGGGGAGGCACCCUUACACCCAAAGAUGCUUUUGCCAAGAUGGCUGCGCUGUCCCUUUGAGUUCUCGCUUCUUGUAUAUUGCUUCUGGGACUCUGGGUGUGGAGGAAGGGACUGAUUUCCCACCUAGAGCGGGUGAUGGGGGAAGAAAAGUGAAGGCAGCAGGUGGUGGGUGUGACAGGGAGGCUGGGAGUGAUGAAGUUGUCUUCUCUCUUGGGGGGAGGGGGGCCGCAAAGGUGAGAGAUCAUCUUCCCUACCCUACACCUUCCUACAGGGAAGGCAAAGCCAGGUACCAGGGUCUGCAGUCAGGACACCCUUGUACUAGGCACUCUGUCCCAAACUUUAGACUCCAGAAGCUUUGGGCUGGGGAUGUCUCCUGAGUACCUCUUCCAGCACCCUCUCUAGCCGCUCACCCUGGCCUUCCCACCCUGCCCCCCAACUCCUUGAGAGUAGGGUAGUCCCAUUGCCACAGUAGCCCAGCCCUGUCAUUGCCAUUGUCCCAGGGGUGGCCCUCCACCUCUACUCUGACCCCUUCUUGUCUCUUUUGCCCCUCCCUCUUUUCUCACAAGUGCCAUGAGUUUUCAAACAUCUUGGGUCUCAGCCUGCUGCUGCCAUAAACUACUUUGGGUUAAGGGGGGGGACUCUAGGGAGGAACUGGGGGAAAGGGACAGGUAGGUGGCUGGAGGAACCCUUUUUGCUGCUAGAAAGCCCCUCCCUUCUCCUGGGGAGCUGGGGCUGGCUUGUCCCCAUCAGUUAGGGGAGAAGGGGUCAGACCAAAGAUGGUGGUUUGUCCCAUGUAGGGAGACAGGUGUGGGGAGAAGGCAGGGUUGGGUUCCAUCUCUAGCUUUUUCGGGUAGGGAGGCUUAACCUCUCAGCUGAAUACCAUGGGUAAGUCUAGGUGGGGAAGAGAAAUAAGGGCAGGGACAGUCUUGGCCAAACCGCUCUGUGGCCUUCCUUGGCAUCACUAGGCCAGGAACUCCACUGUAGGAAGGGGCAGCCAGAGGUCUGUGAAGAGUUGGCAAGAGGAGGGAUGAUGGAGAGGGCCCAGCACGAGUCCAGCUAGCGCCAGGGGCUGCCUCUGACACCAGCAAGAGGGCUAGGAGAACAGGCUUGGUGGGAGAGUUCACCGGGGACUGGAAGUACAAUGAAGAAUCUGCUUCCUUGCCCCUGACCAGCCCUCCCCUCUCUCCAGACACUGACAAUCGGGGGAGAGAGGGUGGGGUGGGUCCCUGGGUUCCCAUUCCAGCCAAAAUCACCAAGGUGGAGUCCCAGGCCUCAGAGCUGCAUGGCAGGGCCCCCUGGUGGGGUUGGACACCACUGCAGCCUAGUGCAAAGCCACCCCCAAGAGCCCAGGUGUCCCCUCACCCCAACCAGACCUGGUGCCUUGACACCCCACCCCAGCUGGGACGGUAUAGAGAAGGAAGGGUCUUGGUUUCCUCUCCUACUCCCUUCCUUGGGCUCCUGAAUUCAUUUCCUUUUAAAUCUAGUAUUUUUCUCUUUUUUCGGGGGGGGGGGGUAUUUUUUGUUUGUUUGUUUCCCUUGCCUUCCUUUCUGUCUCUACCACUUUCCCUGUGUCUUUCUCACUGUUUCUGUGUUCCUCUUUCACCCUUGAUUUCUCCGUGUCCAUUCGGGCCUCCUCCCCUCUCCCAUCCCUUCCCCGCCCCCCCAUCCCUCCUUGGUCUCCUUUUCGAUAUGCCAAACCAAUUUUGGGUCGAGUGCAUUUAACGAGAACAAAA